ACCAAUACAGCACUGGACCACUAUAUAUCCCCCCGCCCCGCGCUGGGGCCGGUCCCCAGCUAGCGAGCGCCGCCGGUGCCAGUGCAACAGAACACGCACCACACGGGCGCAGACUGCAGAGACAACAGAUCGAUCGUCCAAUGGCGAUCGGCGGGUCGGAGGCCGGCGGGGGAGGCGCGGGGAGCAUGAGGAGCGUGCUGGUGACGGGCGGCGCGGGGUUCAUCGGCACGCACACGGUGCUGCGCCUGCUGGAGCAGGGCUACAUCGUCACCGUCGUCGACAACUUCCACAACUCCGUCCCCGAGGCGCUCGACCGCGUCCGCCUCAUCGCCGGCCCCGCGCUCUCCACCCGCCUCGACUUCAUCCGCGGGGACCUGAGGAACACCGAUGACUUGGAGAAGGUGUUCGCUGCCAGGAGGUACGACGCCGUCAUCCACUUCGCUGGGCUGAAGGCCGUGGGGGAGAGCGUCGCGCACCCGGAGAUGUACUACGAGAACAACCUCAUCGGCACCAUCAACCUCUACAAGAGCAUGAAGGAGCACGGCUGCAAGAAGCUGGUUUUCUCGUCAUCCGCCACCGUGUACGGCUGGCCGGAGGUGAUCCCAUGCGUCGAGGACUCCAAGCUGCAGGCCGCCAACCCAUACGGCAGGACCAAGCUUAUCCUUGAGGAUAUGGCGCGUGACUACCACCGCGCGGACACGGAGUGGAGCAUCGUCCUGCUGCGCUACUUCAACCCCAUCGGUGCGCACAGCUCCGGCGAGAUCGGAGAGGACCCCAAGGGGAUACCGAACAACCUGCUGCCCUACAUCCAGCAGGUCGCCGUCGGCAGGCUCCCCGAGCUCAACGUCUACGGCCACGAUUACCCCACCCGGGACGGCACCGCGAUCAGGGACUACAUACACGUCGUCGACCUCGCCGAUGGGCACAUCGCAGCGCUCAAGAAGCUCUUCGACUCUCCUGAUAUAGGUUGUGUGGCCUACAAUCUGGGUACAGGGCGCGGCACAUCCGUUCUGGAGAUGGUGGCGGCGUUCAAGAAGGCCUCCGGCAAGGAGAUUCCCACCAAGUUGUGCCCCAGGAGACCGGGUGACGCGACGGAGGUUUACGCGUCCACUGAGAAGGCUGAAAGAGAGCUUGCAUGGAGGGCCCAAUAUGGAAUCGAGGAGAUGUGCAGGGACCAAUGGAACUGGGCCAAGAAGAACCCGUAUGGCUACUGCGGCGGUGCAAAAAAAUAGCGUAGGUUCGUCGCAAUGAAGAAUUGUCGAUAGUAGUUCUCUUCUCUACACUAAUCAAUGGAACAUGUAAUAAACACGGACCACCUAAUCUCUACUAGUUUCUAUGGUUUCCACUAUCAUUCCUUUUGUAAAAAGUCUUUACACUUCUUUCUAAUCUAACCCAUAGUCCAAAACAAGUCCUAUCAGCGUGUGGCUAGUUCUCUCUGCCACCACACGAGUCACAACUGAGAGCGAAAGCCCUAGCACCCUUACUUUGUCCCAAACCCGCAACCCCACGCCCGCAUCUAACGGCUGCGGCCUCGGUCGAUCUCCGUCGAGGCGGAGGCGACACUUGGAGAGGCUAUCCCCAUUUCUUAUUAUGGAAGCGGAGAGAAAGCAGUGAGGUUCAAGAUUGCAACAGUCAUCUAGAGCUAGGACGCCAUGGCCAUCCGGAGCCACGAUUGUCCCAAUCCCCCUCGUUUUUGUCUCUUCAGUGGCGCUUAUUAUUUCCUAUGUUUUCCUGUGAAAAUGAACUGAUUCCUGU